CUUCGAGACGUGCUCGUCCCAAAAUGAACGCCGUUUGACGCCGCCAUGGUCCGAAGAGCUCCUCAUAGUUCAGCUACCCUGGUUGCCAACCAGGCCCAAGCUCUACGAGCCUCUCGCUUCUUGCAACCCGCGGGAGCAAUGGAUCAUCUGGUCAAGGCGUGCUGAUGCUCUUUUAUGGCCGACAUGCACCCUCGCCUGCGCCUGCCAGCCGGUUUCUGCACCUUCUCUAGCAUUUACGCCUACGUGUCUGAGCUGACUUUCUUUUCAUUCGUCCCUUCAUUCAGCACCAAGUCAUAAUUACCUCAACACUCCUUUCCAUUUCUUUUCGCUCUUUUUCGCUCUUUUCCGCGCCCAUCAUCGUCCGAGUUAGACUCCUCGUGUCAAGCGCCUUCCUACGAUUCAAUCGCGACUUCUAUAACCCUAAUUGUAAUAUUAACUUUCAUCCCAUGGCACGCAUCACCCAUUAUUGAGCCACGCCAUCUUCACACCUCCAUCCACAAUGCGCUCCUACCGCAGCCUUCUUCUCUGCCUCGCCCUUAUCCUGUGUCUGCAAUCCGUGGCAGCAGUCCCGCAAGCCGUGCGUCGACAAGAUGACAGCCCUUCCAACAACACGCCCGCUCCUUCCGCGACGACAAACCUCUCCUUAUCACCUUCAGCGACAGCUACGCCAUCUAGAGAAUCCUCACGGCCAAAGACUGAGUCCACUCGCUCUUCAUCCAUAGCAGAGCCUUCAGCAACUGCUAGCACCGUCAUCCAGGCACCAGCCACUACCACAUCGAAUGAGCCAGUACCCACGAGCUCUGCGGGCGUUUCCAAGAAUCUACUGCCCAUUCAUCCGAAGCUCACACCAGCCAUGGGAUUAAGUGGCGCUUUAUUACUUCUCACAGGCUUGGUAUAUGCCGUCAUUGGCAUCAAGAACAAGUGGAUAUACGUGUUCGGCUCUGCCGCAUAUCUGACUGCACUUGCCGUAACGGUUCUCAUCGUUUACUUGAUGACUCCGCCAGUUACAGAUGCAAUUCAAGGUGCCUUUUUUGUCGCCGCCUUCUUCACCGGAGUAAUAUUUGGUGUCCUGUCGCUGAUAUUUUCUGAUAUCACCGAAGGCUUUGGGUGUCUGCUUGGCGGAUUCUGCCUGAGCAUGUGGUUCUUGAGCCUCAGGAAUGGCGGCUUGAUUCCUUCAGCUACCGGUCGUGCGAUCUUCAUUGGGUGCAUGAGUGCUGGCGGAUACUCACUGUCCUUCAGUCACUACACAAGGAACCACAGUCUCAUUGCGUCGAUCGCGUUUUCGGGCGCCACUGCUACGAUCCUUGGAAUUGAUUGCUUCGCUGGCGCGGGCUGGAAAGAGUUUUGGCUCUAUCUCUGGAAUCUCAACGACAAUGUUUUCCCUUUGAACACUAACACCUACCCUGUGACUAAGAACAUCAAGGCGGAACUGGCUGGCGUUGUUAUCAUUGCAGUGUUUGGGGUCGUGUCACAGAUGCGCGUUUGGAAGGUGGUCAAGGAGCAUCGAGCAAAGAGCGCCACUCAGAAAUUGGAGGAACAGCAGGAUCGAGACCGCGAAGAGGAGGCGCUUGGCCAUGAGAAUGAGGACAAGUUCCAAAAAGAACGUUCGCAAUGGGAAGCCGCCUACGGCGAUAAAAGCAUACAAGACUCGAGCAUCAGAUCUUCCAUCACAAGUCCUAAAGGAUCUACCAGCAUCCAAGGGACGGAAGUCUAUGGCUAUGAUAGUCUGGAAAUGGUCAACAUAUCCAAGGGUGGCGUCAUGGCGUCAACCAACCCCGAUACUCCAGCAGGCACGACGGUCACUGUCAGUGUACUGAGGGACGAAGAUAUCCAGCACAUCGAUGCUCAAGGUAACCCUAUCAACCACAAACAGUUCAAUCCUGUAGUAGGGUCUGAUAGAAACGACACUUUAUCAAACGCCCAAGGAACCGCGCCCUCAGAUGUGACUCGGCCUGUUGUAACGAAUAGGAGCAGUCUUCGCCCUUCCGCCCCGCCACCGCCUCCCGCUAUUGUGCCUCUUCCUUUCACGGUACCACAAGAAGCAGAUGCACAGAGUGAGGAAGAGGACAAUGCUUCUGUGUCUGCCCUUGCGGAGACCGAGCACGAAGCCGACUGCACCCGCAGACCCAUUUCCAAACGUGUUUCUGACAUGUCAGCAAUGAGACGCCAUUCUCGACGCGACAUCUCUGAAUCCCAAGAAGAUCUGAUCAACAUCCCGUAUGUUGAAGAUGACCGAGCAUCAUCCGUCGCCGCGACGUUAGAUGACGACGACGACAAUAUUUCGUUGCAUCACCUUUCUCCUCCCCGCUCACCCAUUGGUACCGAACAUGCGACUUUGAUUGGGACCAGUACUGCAAGAGAACACUCGGACGGUGUAGCUUCUACCAAGGCAUCAAAGAGCGACAAUGUCGAGGCCCGCACGCUGAGCGAAAACGGCGAGGAGAGCACAUCUCAACCAGCCAACUCUCAACCAUUGGGACCCCUCAAAUCCAAUGUGAACGUAGAGCAGAGUAAUCCAACUAACAAGGACACUUCAGAUCUUAGCCCACCACAACCAGCCAUCCGACAAUCCCUUACUAGCAGCACUGAUCCCAAGCCCGACGAGCCUCAAGAGAAACGAUCGUCCCUGCGCGAUUCUCGGAUUCGAGCUGAGACACUUGAUUCUAGCACCAAUAGGAGCAGCGAAGGCCCACAAUUAAAAUCUACGAGAUUAGACGCUUCAUCUGCAGGCUCACAGAUGGAGCAUGCUAAGCCACAAGUUGGCACCCUAAAGGACCGUGUACUUCCCGAGAGGCUCUCCAAGGUUGCCUUGUCGUAUCGUACCAACGAGUGGGCGAAGCACCUGGAAGCCGCGGAGAAGCCUGACUUGGACGAUCUCCUAGUCCCCGCGUCACCUGGCGUCAUCUUGGAGGAAGGCUUCGAGGAGACGCCAGCACCCGUCAGCGAUGAGAUCGCAUCGCCGUUAAUGGGCAGCAAAAAGGCUUCAAAAAGAACCUCAUUAGAAAGUAGAGUGCAUAGAAGCGGUGGUCUGAAUCUCCAGCGAUCUACCUCGACCUUUUCCCAAGGCUCGCUGGUGGACGAGCGGUCAAUGACGCGAUCGCCUCCAGUUGUGUCUCCAGGCGUUGUCUCGCGGUCUAGCUCCGGAACUCGGCUCGACGCUCUUUCGCCUCUUCCAAGUAAUACCCUCAUGGGCCAGCGCGAAAAGUUGAUGAAGAACCGGAUAUCUUCACAAUCGCUAACACCACACACGUCGUCGGGCAAUCUUUUAGCGGACCAAGGCGAGCAAGAGAACAUGACGCUAGCGAAACGGCGACAACUGCUCCAACACCAAACACCAUCACCGAUUCUUCAGCAUCAAGCUUCUAUGACCUCCCAAAGGAAGACGCCUCCGUCGGCAUCCCAGAAGUGGGCGAAGAAAGGAUGGGCGGUACAAGGAGCAGCAGCCGGGUUCGACUCACACCAACCCAAACGAGCAUCUAGUUCACAAUCGGAACAGAAGCGCGAGCAGCUCUAUGCGGGCUGGAGAGAUACCAUGCGAGAUGGGACACCUCAGACGGCUGCCUACAUUGCAGAACAGCAACGUGUAGCGCUGAUGAACGAGAGACGACAGAGAGAGAUGGACAAGCAGCAGCGCGAGAAGAUACAGCAGCAACGCGCGUCGCAAAUAGACAGCAUGAUGCGCAGUGGCCAUAUGAUGGACGCUCAUCGUGAAGCUAUGCGGAAGAUGCAAGCGAACGCGAACAAACGUGCAUAGGUAUAUGCAUGUCACGGACCAGAGGUAGGAGCCGGCGAGCUUCUAAAAGAUAUUCCCAUGGUACGAAGUAGAUAGAUUUAUGACGAGCCACGCGGCUAUUGCAAGUACAUGUGCAGGUACAGGCAGGCAUGACAGGCUUUUCGAUGUAUAAUUUCGCAUAUUGGGCGAUCUUCCGGUAGGGCCAUGUCUAUGCCCUACUAGCAGGGACUGAACGCUGGUCGGAUCAGGUAGAUCAGCACAUCAGCUAAGACGCAAAGUAAUCUUUAGUAGGUACAAUGACAAUCCAUUGCUCACUUGGCUGUCCAUUUGUCGAUGUUGCGUGUGUCACAGUGAAGCUUAGAUGCUAAGCUCGGCCGCCGCCACGACUCACAAGGCUCAGGGGUCCCCCUACCCAAGAACCAGGGAAGC